AAACAAUUGUUGUUUAAUCCUACUUUUUAUCCGCCUUUCCAAACAUUAAAUUCAAGUAAGCUUACUAGUCCUAAUAAAAAGUUAUUUGCUACUAAUUUAUUGCUAAUUCUAAUGUUAAUGAAACAUUUUAAGGCAGUUCCAAGACUAUGGCAUUGAGUAAAACCUAAAAUGACAGUUUUAUGAAAGCUGAGUUACGAGGGUAAGGAGCAGAAUAAUUUGUUUGUCAAUCUUCUUACUCUUACUCUUACUUAUUUAAUUUUAAUAUUUUGUUUUGUAUUAGUAUUCGUGGUAGUGGUAGUGGUCAGUGCUUUAACUGAAACUCACUUUCUUAAGUGUAUUUAACUCUAUUUUUACUUACUAAUCUACUAAUUUCUUUCUUACUCAUUAUUAAUUAUUAUCAUACUCAUACUGAGUCAUACUAAGAUCAUACCCAUGCCCAUGCUCUUAAUUAAUUUACUUUUAUGGUACUUUUUAAUUUAAAUUUAAACUUUUACUUUUACUUAAUCUUAAAUUCAAAAUAAAAUGAGUAAAACAGAGUAGGGUUAAACCUGAAAAAAUAAACGCAACAAAACAGCGAACGUGUCGGCAGAAAGCCUUCGUCAGCGAACAAAACAACAGAAAAAACGGUAUAAAAAUAAAAAUAAGAAAUAGCACUUAGCUGGUAAGUAGUAUCUGUGGGCAGCAACACUUCUAUUGGAUAAUAAGAAAUAGCACUUAGCUGGUAAGUAGUAUCUGUGGGCAGCAACACUUCUAUCGGAUUAUUACUAGUUAGCUUUUCUAUUUUAAAAUAUUAAUUCAGUAUAAUACACAGAUGGAUUGUUGUAAAUUAAUAUUUAAUUGGAUGGUUAAUUAUGAUAUUUAUUGAAAUUUUCCAGCAUUUUGCUGGUAUUGUUUUAUAUUGAUUUUUCUCAUCACAUUUUUCUGAAAAAUUUUGGAUUUUGUUUUGGUGGGAUCUGCAAUUAAAUAAAGUGUGUGUAUUCUAUGAAACAUUAUUUAAAAGGCAGUGUCUACACGCCCGGCGCGCCGGACGUAUAUCUCCCGCACUAUUUGUACGGCGAUCAAGUCACAUGACCGCCGUAACAAAGUGGCGAGAUAUAUUUUUCCAUCAGCCUUGUCACGUGACCGCGAAUGAUUCAAAAAUAUUGUUAAUUUUAAAAUCUAUUUCUCUACCAAGUAAUGUACUGAGUAUCUUGCAUGCAAAUUAUAGGAAAAAACUUAGGUGCAAGUGGCUUGUAAACAUUUUUGUUUAGUUUGUUAUUUGAGUUUGUGUACCAGUGUACCAGUAAUCCAUAAAAUAAAUUAGGGGCCAGUAUUCAGUAUGGAGUAGGCAACCAAUAAAAGUAAAAGAUUUCAUUUUAAAUUGCUACAAAAUAUUUAAAAACUUCUCAUAAAACUACUAAUGCUGAUGAACAUGAUAAUAUAAAUAUAAUAUAAAAUAUUUUUAAUUAAAAUGGGGGGAAAAAAAAGGUUUCCAUACUGGGAAUUGAUCCACAAAUAUAACAUCGUCAAGCGGCCACUCUACCACGUAGAGUGGCCGCUACCACAAGACCACACAAGAUCUUCUUAUGAGCACUUCCUUCGGAAUAAUGACGACUACUUGUACUAGUCGUCCGGCGGUCACGUGACAUGCCCGCCGGACUUAUAUCAUGCGCACUAUUUAUCCGGCGUGCCGGACGUGUAGACACUUCGUAUUUAAAAAUAUUUUGUUUGCAUUGUUGCUCUUCAUUUUUAAACUUUUCUUAUCAUGUGUGUAACUGUAGCACACAUGUUUUGCUUGAAGGAAGGGAGCUACCGCAGGUCGUUAAGAAUUCUUGCUGCAUAUCUAGCAGCUAGCAGAAAUUAUUUUGUUAAACUUUAAGCUCAAACAGCACAUUCUCUCUCUUUAACCUACCCAUUUUAGCAGACGUGUUUGCACUACCUAUUUUAAAAUUUUUUUUUAUACACAGCCACAUGGCAAUCAAGAUGGCUUUCAUGGGAAGUGAGUGGCAGCAAAACAACAUUUAUCCUAAUGCAAUUAAUAAUCAUUUUGUAAUCAAUUAUCAAUAUAAUAUUGAAAAGACAAGUUACGUUGAAUAGUGGUUUAGGAUAAUUCAAAUUUUUAUUUUUCUGUUUAAUAAAUGACCUGGCUGAAGUAAAAGUGUAGUUAGUGGCAUGGGUUUUGCCAAAGGUUGUUUCACCCUAAGCGCAGUGACUUCACUUUAUGGAAUCCCAACAUAGAACUUAAAGUGCAUAGACUUAAACCAAUGGUUGAUUUGGAAUAAUGUGUAUGAGUAUAAUAAUUUUCAAGUUUUUCAUUGAGUGAUAUUCACGCCAUAAACUAAAUCUAAUGAUUGAUAGUUAAUAUUAAAUAUUUUAAUAUGAAAAUUACCAUUUGUUUUUUUUAAUAAAAUUCAAAUUACAAGUUUCAGAGGUUAGAAAAAAUUAACUUAUUGUAAUUAAUGUAAUUUACCUUUAUAAGGUUUAGCAAAUUUAAUCUGUUUUAAGAUUUGGCUCUAUACAUGAAAAAUGUGUAACUAAGGAUCGAACAAUAUACAAAGACAAACAAUACCAAAAGAAGGGAUACUAACAAUAUUCAAUUUAAUUAUACUAUUAAAUUUAUAUAACCAUACAAAAUAAAAUAUACAGAAAUAAAAACUAUAUUAACUUGCAGCACAGCAAGUGAAAAAGUAUAAUACUUGAAAGAUACAAAUAAUAAUAUACACACAAACUAAAGUGUAAAAUCUAAUAAGUCUGGUAAGUCUUGUAAAUAUGUAAAAUAUCUAGAAAAUCAAGCAAAUCUCUCUGCUGGCUGAAAAAGCUACCGUAUUAUUUAUCGAGUGGGCAUUGGAACCCUUUAGAAAAAAAAUUCUUUUAAUUGCAUCACUCGAUAGCAUAGCAUAUUUUGACCAAUUUUGAAUGUAAGCGACCUUUUCUUAAUCAAGUGACGGGUGGUAAAUGGUUCAGCGCUACACAUUUAAUUCGUUAUAUCAAUAAUAUCAGAAAAUGGGGGAGACAAGUGGUGGGCGCCACAGUGCUACGUUGAAGAAAAAUUAGGUCAACAGUGAGGCUAUAACACUCAUCUUAACAUAUACCCCAAGAUGAACAUAGGAAAAAGGACGUUUACAUUGUUAAAUGUGCUUUCCUUUGGUUGGUUGAAAAAAGAAUUGUGCUAUUUUUUUUCUUUCAUGUCACCAUUUCACUGGAUAUUUCAACACCCCUCCAACUUCAAAAAAAAAAAAAUAGCGAAAUAAUUUCAGGGGAGGGGAGACAAGUAUAGUGUACAGUAUCUCCAUUGUGGAUAUUUGAAGCUUUUAUCAACAGUGCACGUUGACAGUUGCAGUGGACUUACGCAUAUAAAACCUGUCGUUUCUAUUCUAAUGAUUUAUUUUCCAGCUGAAAGUGAAGAAUGCAGAAAAGAGUCUGGAGUGCUAAAGAGGUUGCCACCCCUGAAGUUGAAGGCAAACGAUAUAAGAGUCAUGUUGCAUCCUCGGAAGAUUCUGAGGAUGACGAUGAAAAUGAAGAUACAGAUGUUAUUGAGGUAAUGAAUAUUCCAAAUCAGUAAUGCAGGCCUGCACAGCUCAAAUAGUGACUAGAAGACUGCUGUAAGAAAAUAUGGUAGCUAUUCUGGAUAAUAUUUAUAAAGAUAUAUAAAAAAAAAUUAUGUUGACCUAAUUAAUUUUAUGAGAGAUAUUUACAAAUAAUGAAUAAUAAUUUAUCGUUUAAAUGAAAUGAAUAUUUAUAAGCUAUUCAUUUCAUAUAUAUUACUUUUAUAAUGAUAUAAAAACCAAAUUAAGGAUUAUAAUUUUUAUUUAUAUGAUUUUUAUGCAUUCAGAUGUGGCCAACCAGCAUUAUGUUGUGCAGACCUGCUCUAAUGGAAAAGGAAAUAACAUAAUUUAAUAUUAGGGACAUUUUUGGGCACAUUUUUAUUGUUUGAAUUAAUUGCAAAUAAAACGGUAUUUAACUUAAUUUUCUUUUUCUGCAGAGUUCCAUAGCUGAUCCCCUAGGCUUACAACUUCUUUCAGAGGUAAAGUAGAAAAUUGGUAGAAAUUUGAUUAUUGUGUUUAAUUGUUAAUGUUUGUUUGACAUUUCUAGCAAUCAAUCAAAUUUAGCCAUAUAGGCAUCCUGAUUGACUUUUAAAAUUUGUGCCAAAACUUAGUUUGUGGCUAAAAUGAGGUUUGUCUAGGGUUUUUAUGGACAAUGAACACAAAAUACACAGAUGAAAUGGUCAUCAAAGUGUAACUGUAAUUUGUUACAUUCUAUCACAUCUUUAGUAUCGGUAUAUAUGCCCAUUCCAAGACUACAUAACUAUUUAUUUAGUAUAUUGGUGAAAUCCAAUCUAUAAUUAUAUUUUUAUUAGUCUACAGGUGAAAUUCAAUCCCAGGUUAUAUUUCUGUCUCUUUUUAUUUAGUCAACAUGUGAAAGUAAAUCCCAGUUUAUAUUACUAGCCCGUGUUAUUAAGUCGACAGGUGAAAGCCAAUCCAUUUCAGAGUUUAAAUCAACAACUACCAAACCUUAUCAAUACAAUUUAUGCACAACCUUUGGGUUUUUAGAAAACAAAAAAAAAAAUAUCUGUAUUCAUAACAUUUCUACUUCAGCAUAAACCAGUGGUGGGAAUCAUUCAACAGAUUACCCUCAACAAUUUCAUGUGCCACAAUCAUUUGGAAGUUGUUCCUGGAAGUCAUGUAAACUUUGUUGUAGGCAGGAAUGGGAGUGAGUCUUAGUUUAUUGCAUAAUUUCUGUCCUCUGCUUAUACAAAUAAGAUUCUGACUAAGUUAUAUUUAUUAAUUAAAAAUCUAGCUAAUUUUACCCCGUUUUGUGCAUUCCCAUUUGGAACAGAAUAAACUAAAAUACAUCAAAUUUUCUUAUCGUAAUCAAGGUGGCAAAAGUGCUAUAGUGACUGCACUGGUUGUUGGACUUGGAGGAAAAGCCUCUGUUACUAGUCGAGGCACUUCUAUUAAGAACUUCAUUAAAAGUGGUAAAAGGUGGGUUGGAAGAUCUCUCAAAUAAAUAUUGACAACAACAAAAUGCCACUUUAAAAAAAGAUUUUUUAAAAUUUUCACUAUGAAAGAAUCAACUUUUCACCUUGAUUCAGAAUCAAUGUGGCACACUAUGGGUAUACAAUUUUACCAUUUCAUCAGUUAUAAUUUAAAAGAAAAAUUACAAUGAUAAUGCCCUCAUUUUUAACAAUGUUUUCUUUAGAACUGCCUUUAUUGAAGUGAUUCUAAACAACAGAGGUAGAGAUAGUUUCAAGCAUCACAUAUAUGGAGACAAGAUCAUAGUAAGGAGAAAAUUCUCUAUUGAUGGAGGCAGUACCUAUGCUAUAUGUACAGCAUCAGGUGAACAUUUGUAACUUUAAACAAAAAUUUAUUUUAAAAAUACCUUUUGAGCAUUACUUUAGUCUAUGAUCAAUGAAACAAAAGCAAGUUAGAGGGAUUGUUAGAACCAUUAAUUUUAGAACCUUAGCAAUUAAAUGAUUCAAAAAUUGUUUUUCCUAUAAAUACAUUGUUAAGAAUAAAUUAUAGAAGUUGUGUUAUUAUUUAUCUACUGUUCUACUUAAAACAUGGUUCCAUAAUCAUGUCAUCCUAUUUUAGGCCAACACGUCUGUGCUAGACAUGAAGAACUACAACGUAUUAAAGAUCACCUCAACAUACAGGUUGACAACCCAGUGGUCAUUCUAAAUCAGGACACCAGUCGAAACUUUCUUAAUUCCAGGUCAGCAGGAGAUAAAUUCAAGGUGAGUAAUCACACCACCAGUUUUAAGGUCAUUGAAUGUUGCCCUUUUUACAAUAUUAAAAAAUAUAUGGGGAUUUUAGAAAUUCAUGAAAGAAAUAUGAUGACAUAAAUAAAAAACCCACAUUUGUUCCAGUUCUUCAUGAAAGCCACUCAACUAGAACAAAUGAACUCAGACUAUGACAAGGUCAAGGCAAACAAGAAUGAAACCAAACAAUUGAUGGUUGUCAAAGAACAGGUAAAAAAGUUGUAACUCCAUCCAUCCCUGUGGCACUACAGGCCAUGUCGGGCCUCACCACUUCCUUCCAUUCAGACGUAACUGAUGAUUUUCUUUUUCAUCCUUAGACUCCCAGCUGCUGUAGAUCUUUUUCCACAUCAUCUACCCAUCUAAGUCUAGGUCUGCCUCUGAAAUGUUUUCCUCUGGAGUUUUGGUGGUGCACCCUCCUCACUCAUCUGUCAUUUGGUAUUCUUUCUAAGUGUCUUGCACAGUGCAGCCUUUCCCUUUUUAUUUCUGCUACUAGCAUGGUAUCCUGGUUAGUCCAUACAAGUCCAGGUUGGUUUGUGUAUUUUCAGGAUAACUUUUGACUUUGCUCUCCCAUGUGUUUAUUAGUUUUUCUGCUGUUUUUGCAAGGGUCCAAGUUUUACUGGCAUAUAUUACUACCGGUCUGAUUACAGUUUUAUAUAUAACUAGAAUAAAGGACCCAAUGAUUUUGGGAUAAUAAUGGUAGGUCUAUUGCGAUAAUUUCUACCUGCUUUUGCAAAAACUCAUCACAAUUCCUUACCUUAAAAAGAAGUAUCUAUUUAGUAAUAAUAUUUACGUUUCAAACAUCAUUAAGUUUUGAGAAAUAUUUAUCUGCUAUAUAUUAUACGCCUACCAUACUCCCUUUCAUGCCCCUAAGUUACUUUUUUCCAUCUAAACAUGACCUUAAAUUACCCAGUCUAUAUUAUCACUAAUUAUAUCACUUUUGUCACUAAAGAAGUUAAACGAAGCACGAUUUCUACGCUAGAGAAAUAAUUUAGAUUUACCCCUUUUCGUGCCCUUGAUUUACAGAUUUUUUUCUCUAAAAAUUGGAGAAAAACCCCCAUUAAAAUAUGAUAUAAAUAUUAGUAUUUAAUAUUACAGGAAUUUGAUAUAUUGAUAUCUUCAUCAAAAAUGUAAACACACUUUUGCUUUUUUUAAAAAUUUUACAUGAUCAGAAAAUCGUAAAACAAAGAAUUCUUUUAUUUAAAGAAGAUUCUCGCAACUGUUUUUCACACCUAUAACAGACUUGAGUGUCUUUUUAAAAAAAUUUAAAUUGUUAAUCUCAUAAAAAUACACACCUCUUUACUUUUUGCAAAGUGAAAAAAAACAACAUAUUUUCAUUUUUUGGAAAGUAAAUAUUAACCCAUCUCUAUUUUUCAAAAUUAAUUUUUCAAGUGUGUAAAAUGAUUGGGUUUUGAUAUUCAUGGGUAUACUUAUAUAAAUGUACCCAUUUUCAAGAUACUAAAGGGAUUGGCUGUAGAGAGUGCUUAUUGGUUGUGGGUAUUUAAAUUUCCCUCAGAAAGUUUUGUUAUAGCCUGUGUGUUGACCUAAUUUUUGCUUCAUCCACUUGUCUCUCCCAUUUUAAAUAUUUGAUAUUGAUAUCAGCGAUUAAAGGUGUAGCGCAUUACCACACCCUCCCCGCCCUUGAUUAUGAAAAGGUUUUUAUGUUAUAAUUUGUUCUAACUGAUAUUGGGUUAUGCAACUUCUAGAAUUUCUUUCUGAAGCUUUCAACUCCUUCCCUAUAAAUCAACCAACAGUUUUCCCAGCCGAGAGAUAUUUUGCUAGAUUUUCCCUAGACAUUUAUGAGACGUUAUAUAGUAGUCUUACAAGAUUGUUAUCUUUGUAUGUGUGUAGAUUAAUAUUUGUAUCUUUCGAGGAUUACACUUUUCCACUAGCUGUGCUGUAACUUACAAGGUUCCCACUGCUUCCUGAAAUGUCCUGGAAAUUUCCUAAAAUUCGAAAAAAGAUUGAAAAAUUCUGUAAAAAUUCUUAAAUGAUAAAAUUUCUCCUUAAAUGUCCUGAAAUAUUUUAUUUUGCUGAGGGGGGGUGGGGGGGGGGUGGGGUAAAAAAGUCAUGGUCACAAUAGUUAACAUUUUUAUUUGAAUUUUUUUUUUUUUUUCAAUGACAAUAAACGUUAUUUGCCAAUGGCGUUUUUUUGUAGCCCCUCUGUUAUCUAAAGGAUUUUGAAACAAUGUUAGUUGUUUAGUGGGGGGGGGGUGGGGUAAAAAAGUCAUGGUCACAAUAGUUAACAUUUUUAUUUGAAUUUUUUUUUUUUAUUCAAUGACAAUAAACGUUACUUGCCAAUGGCGUCUAUUUGUAGCCCCUCUGUUAUCAAAAGGAUUUUGAAACAAUGCUAGUGGUUUCCCCUUAACUGGAAUUUACAAGUUUGAAUCUGAAAUUUUGUACCAUACUGCUUUGAAAGACUAGAAAGAUUUUUCUGUUCAGGUCAUAGUUCAACAGAUUUUUUUAGUAAUUUAAGUUUAAAAUACAGAAAAUGGAUAUUUAAAUGUAGGUUUUUAAUAGUCUGGUAACUGUUAUGAAUAGAAAAUUAUGCGUCUGAUCUCUGUAUAAAAUGACUAAGCCAUUUAAGCUGAGCAUACUUUUUUAAAGUUGAUUUAUAAAGUUUAGGCCUAAUUUAAAAAUACUAUCCCUAAUUCGAAUGAGCAAUGAUUGAAGCUUUGGGUAUUAACCGUAGUUCUACUCCAUGACCAAAUUAGAGGCAUUUGAUCUAUAAAUUUUAAAAUAUGGUUACGCCUUUAUCUAAUUGACAUGUUUUAAAAUGGAGCUAGAUGCUAUUUAUUUUAGUUAAAAAAACACUAUUGUUGACCAAAGAAAAUUUGGUCAGUGUCAUGUUCUAUUUCCUUCCCAAUUACUUAGAGAUCCUGGAUGACAGCCUAUAGUUAUUAUGAAAUCAGAAGUCUCAAUUUCUACCACAUUCAUCAGUUUCAAUUCAACUGAUCUAAUUUAGGUUCUGCCUGAAAUGAAGAAAGAGGUCAAGGUUUGGGAGAACAAGUUCAAGAAUCUCAUGGCACUCUCAGGUCUUAAGGAUAAAAUUAAAUCAUUGAAGGAGGAGUUGGCCUGGUCUCUGGUAGCAGAGAAAGAAAGGGUGGGUUUGUCUGCUAGUUAUUAGCUUAAUGAAAAUUUGAGUUUGUCUGUUAGUUAUUACCUUAAAAAGGAUUAGUUUGUCUGUUAGCUAUUACCUAAAACAAUAAGGUGAGUUUGUCAAUUAGUUAUUAUCUAAGACAGGAUGAGUUUAUCUGUUAGUUAUUACCUAAAAGAAAAUGUGAGUAUGUCUGUAACUUAUUAAUAUUACAGAAGAAGUCAUUGGGAAGUUCUGGUCCAUUAAAUAAAGCAAUGAAUACUUUGAAAAGUAAUAAACACAAGUUUUAUCCAGUUCUAGUAAAUAUAACAUUUCCUACAUGUGCCACAUGAUUUUCUUUAAUAAUUAUUCUCAUUUAUCUUAAUACAGGGUCUUAAACCUUUGGAAAAAAAUUGCCAGUCUGAAGAAGCUGCUCUCCCCAGAUAUAUACAGAAGUUAGAACAAGCUAAAGUAAGGUCUUGGUUUAGUAACAGCAUGCAAAAUAUAAAUAUUGAUAAAAUAAAAAAGAAAGUUGACAGUGUACAGGGUCCCCAAGCAGUUGGGAAAUAGUCGGGAAUUUGUUAAAUAAUUUUCCGGGUCGUGAAAACUGGGGAGUCUAGUAAGGAAAUUUUCCGGGCUAGUCAGGAAGUUUUAAAAUGUUAAAAAAAUAAUAAUAAAUUAGGAUUCCAUGAAAAUUGACGUUAUUCGCAGAACUCCUCUAUUUUAAACCUAUCUGUUAUCAAAGGGACUUUGCCAUAAUGCUUAGUGGUUUUCCCUUAACUCUCAAAAGACGGGAGAUUGAAAAAUCGGUCAUAUAUGGCGGGUGAAAAAAAGGACCCCUAAUAUAUAUAUAAAAAUAAUAUUAAAAGGCGAAAAUAAAGAUUUACUAUUUUGGAAUGUUAAAUUUCUAUUUGGCAAGAAAGAAAAAUCGUUUAUUUUACUAGUUCUUGAAGAAAUCUGGUAGCAACUUGUCCAUUCAUAAAUUUUCCUUUUCGCCAUUUACUCAUAUUUUGCCACAAUUCCGGUUCACUGUUACUACACUCUAAAACAUUGCUAUGGAAUCUGAUUCUGAUUAUAAGCUUGAAAUGGACAACUAUUCUUACUUAGAGGAAUAUUUUUGAUGAAGAUAGCACUUCAGAUGUGUCUGAUACCGAGAAUUGUGUAAAUUAUCAUCAUAAUAAUAGCAUCCAAGGUUUGUUUACUUUUUUCAUUCAUACUCAACUCACGCAUACUGUGAUACUUCUUAGCACUAUUAUUAGCCCUAACAUUAGUUUUAUUCAAGUUCCAGUAGUAUAAAAUUCUUAAAUAGAUUAAAUUAUUUAUUUGUUUGAAACUAAUUUGUAGUUAUACAAUUAUUUUAAUAUUAUUACGUUUCAGUUAGCAAAAUGUAAACAAUGGUUCUCAAGGCCAUUGCUAUUAUUACACUGUAACAAUCAGCUGUGUUCCCUUUUCAAUGAAAACUUGAAGUAAAAGUAAUUUAGGCAGAUUGUUUAUUAUUUUGAUUUCUUUUUAUUUAUAUUGUAUUUUUUUAAUUUUAGCUAAAUUAUUUUUUUUUUUAUAUUUUGACAGCAUCUAUGAAGGGCAGAUGUCAAACAUAGUCAAUACAAUGGGUUAUGAUGACAAAAGACUGUGGGACUCUUUGCUGCAUUUAGACCAGAGGUGAAAAGCACUAUUGCUUCCUGAUGUUAUAACAAGAGAGGAUAUAAGGAGAUUUUAAAAGCAAAUUGACAUUUUCAACCUCUACUUUACUACAGAUUUGGUUGGUUAUUAGUAAGCCUUGUGCGCAGGACAAUGGACCGCAGAACUUUUGUGUUUUCAAAAAUUGGUACCAUUAUAACAUCAUUGAAGGGGAGUUUUAUCUACUAAGUGGAUUUAUUAUGAAUGCAGGACUUAUCAAGCUCUUAAUUUUACAAGAAAUGUCCAGGAAAUCCUUUUAUGAUGGACAAUGAGCAAGGCCAUUAGUACUAAGGACAUAUUCAAGGCUAUAUUGAGUUUCCUAAAAGUUUCUGAUACUGAAAAUAAAGGAAACAUGCUGUGUACAAUUGGGAGACACUUCUGUAUCUCAAUGCAAAAUACAAUCAACUGUAUCAGCAUCAAGAAAAUGUAGCAAUUAAUGAACAAUUUAGGGAACAAUUGACAUAUUUGAUGAUAAACCUGAUACUGUAAAGCCCGAAAUCUUUACAUCGUGCGCCGCAACAUGACAAUAACAAAAAAUGUAAUUGUGGGUUACCAAAACAGGGUAAAAUGGUCAGAGCAUAUGUCACAGGCUUUGUUUUUGAUACAUUUUUAUGUUUUAAUAAAUAAAGAAAUUGUUUUCAAGAAUUUUUAUGCAUGGUCUUGGCGAAGGAUUAUAUCCUUUGAUCGGUAUCUCGGGGAUGCAUAAAAAAUGUUUAUUUAUUAAAAUGUGCUUUUUUUCUUAACUUUUCUUCUCAAAUAAUACUUACUAAUAACCCUCUAAAGGAUAAUAUGAUGCAGUAUAUGUUUUCCUUUGAAAAAAAAAAUUAUUAUUAUUUUUUAAAAAUAAUUUUGACUUUUUGAGCAAUAUUUCCUUGAAUGAUCUGUUGCCUACAAAUAGUCAUAACUUUUUUAUUUAUGAGUCUAUUCUUUUGAAAUUUGAAUAUGUUUUAUAGGAUUGAACACAUUCUAAUAAAUUAUCAAUUUUAUUGAUUUAAUUGGAAACACUUUUUUUUUCCUUCUUUUUAAAACUGUGAUGUUAUGUUUUUGUCGACUUAAAAAAAAAUUUUUUUUGCCUAAAAAUAAUAAAACAUCAAAUUUAGCAAGGAUAUUUUGAACAAACACCAAGUAUCAAUUAAAGAGCAUCCAAUUACCUUUAAAAUGAUAUAUAAUACUUGGAGGUAGCUACAAAAUUACAGUCACGAGACACUUUGAAGAAUAAGAUAUAUUCAAGGUCAUUAAAAAAUGGAAAAAUCUACAGUCUUUUGAGAGUUAACUGCGCAUGCAUUUUGAUCGAAACUUUUAUUCAUACCGUACUACUUUGAUAGACCAGAAAUAUGUCUUUUCUGUUCAGUUCGCCGACCAAGAGAUUUUUGGGUAAGUAAAGUGUAAAAUAUAGUAAAUAAAUAUUUUAAUCUAUAUUUUAAUUGUGAUGUAACCAUUAUAAAUAGAAAAAUACUCGCCUAAGCGCUGUCUAAAAUGUCUAAGCUUAGCCUGCUUUAUGUCUUCGUCUUAAUAAAUUGAUUUUUAACGGUUCUACUGUAGGUAUGCAUAAUUUAAGAAUAACACUGUUAUACAUAAUUCGAAUUAGCAUUCAAUAACAGUAAUAAUCGAAGCUUUUGUUAUUAGUGUUAGUUCUACCCCAUGACCAAAGUUGAGGAGUUUGAUUUUUAAAUGUAGGCCUUUAUCAAUUUAUCUAUAACAAAAAACAUCGACAUGUAUUUUUAAUUAAAGCUAGGCCUUCUAAAUUUAUAUAGGCUAAUAUGAUUAAGUUAUUUUGAUAUAUUAUUUUUUCGUAGCGUAGUUUACAAGUUUGACGCUAUUUGCAAAUUGAUUUGAUACACCCAUUCAGUGAGCCUGACAUAACUGUAUAUAGUUAGUCUUUAUUUAUAGUUAUGCACUCUCGUGCUCUGGGUAUACUAUAUACUUUUUACUUUACAGUAUUAUUACCAUUUUAUACAUAGGCACUGUGGCAUACGGAAAGGGUCGUUUUUUGUUUUUUUUGGUGGGGGGUGUCAACUUUGGAGACAAUAGGCCUGCGGAAAAUCCUGAUUAUGCCGUUUCAUAUGUGAUAUACCUAUCUUAGUAUCUCUUCUGACUGUAUAUUACCGUACCGGUACUGUUAGGAACCCAGUUCUUACCUUAAGGUCCGAUCGCUACGUUCUGUCUAGGGGUUUUAGUAAUUGCACAAACUAAAUAUUAUUAUAAUAAAAUAUAUUUAUUAACAAACUAAAUCGUCAGCUUCAAUUUCUGUACUUAAAGAUGACAUUCCCCAAAAAUAAUAAUGCGUCAUUUCCCCUUUCUCACAAUACGUCACAAAAUAUCAAACAUUUAAUAACAAUCUACCCAAAUAUUCUCCAAGCAACACGCAAUCACAAUAUGCAUUCAAGUCCUUAACAGGCAGCAGUAGUUUAGUAUUGUUAUAUUAUAGUCUAUAUGAUGUAUGCCUCACUAUAAAUUAUAAACCUAAUAUGAUAAAAUAUUUUAUUUUGCUUCACUGUUCAGGAUCUAGGCUCAAUAAAAUAAUUCUCAACAGUUCUUUUAAAGACUGAUGGUCAGAAAGCAAUCAUGAUAAUAAUUAAACAAGUCAUCACUGCUACACUAUGAUGGAAAUAUUGAUAUGAAGUAUUCUUGUGGAAAUUUUUUUAAAAUGUCAAUCAUCUGCUGAGACUUAAUCUAUCUAGUUCAACUUCAGCUUUGUCACCUGUCUUAGGUGUCCAUUUCUGCAAUUUCUCAGUCAAGCUCCCAAUUUAUGUGUCAAAAUAUGAAACCCUGGAUGGAGAGAUUUUAUAGACACUUAGUGUGUUAACUCAAAUUAUUCAUUUUCAUCACAAGAAGAAAACAUCAGCUCCUUAUAAAAAAAGAUGCUUUCAACGUGUGGUAGCUAUACAUAUGUUCUAAAAUGCUCCGAAGAACAAAUUGCAGCAGUUUCCCUUGUACUUUCAAAGUAAACAUCAACAAUUUUUCAUGUCGUAGUAAAUAGAACACUUGUAAUGCCUAGAAAAUUUAAUAAACAUUUACAUGUAUACACCUUUGUUGCUUAAUUUUUGUUCACAUAUGUUGUAUUUCAUUGUUGCUUUACUUUGACAAAUUCAUGGUUGUUUUUAUAUUUCCAACAAAAACGCUGCGUUGCGAUAGUCAGGAAUUUUUUUGUUUUUAGUUGUGAAAAAGUUGGGAAUUUUGUUUUUAAAAAAGAGUGGGAGCCCUGAGUGUAGUUGGUAUGUGCAUGGUACAAAAUUUAACAGAAACAAUUUUGGUAAAAUAGUAAAAAUUGUAAAAAAUUGCUCCUUUAAGAGUUUGUAAUUUCUCUCACAUUGUCUUAUUAUUGAAACCACACAAACUUAAAAAUAACGUUAACAAAAAAUAAACCUCUGUUGUAGGGAAAACAAGAAGAAUGGCAGGAACAGCAAAGAGACUUAGAACAGCGUCUGAUGGCUUGUGCCAAUGAUGUACAAGAGUUGGAGCCCUUGCUUCAGCAGAAGAAAAAAGAGAUGCAGCAGGCCAAGGAGUUGAUUGUUCCAAUAAAUGUAAACAUCAAUGUUGGAUAUACAAAUAUUUUUCUUAAUUAAAAUUUUAAUCCACUGCAUUUGACCUCUAAUUCUAAUGAUUACAUUUCUCACUUUAUUUUCACCAUGGGUAAAAUCCUCUCUUCCUUGACAAAUGUAGAAUAAACUUAAAGCAUUUGACAAAGAACUUCAUGUGGCUCAACAAGAGCGGAAGCAGUGCCAUGACAGAAUUUUGGAACUCAAGACUUUGUAAGAAUUUUUAUUUUAUUUUCUUCAAAUUUUAAAAUGUUAACUGCCUCCAAAGGAUUUUAUAAACUAAUUUGUAUGAAGAAUUAUCUUGAAAGCCUUAAAAAUGCUUUGAAAAUAAGGAGGGUGUUUCGAAUAUAUGUGGUUUGGUCAUGGAAAUCUAAGAAAUAGUUAAUAGAAAAUUAAGAAAUAGUUUGUUUAGUCCAUAUUGUUAACAGAAUGGUUACAGAGCUAACAUUCAUCAACCGUUACCUUAAUUGACAAAAUUGUUCAAAAUUUGAUUUUGCUGAGCUAUGGAGUUUUGUUAAUUUUCUGUCAGGGCUUCUCACGACUAUGAAGCUGAAAGACAACAGAGAUUGGAUCAAAUCAAACAACUGAAAGGAAAGUUGGAAAAAAUCGAGUCUGAAAAGAAAGUCAUGGGACAUGAUAUGGAGCAGUAUAGGAGUGCUGUGGCCAAAAGCAAAUCUGAGUUGUUGAAUCUGGAGUAAGGAAGAGACCAUAGUUGCGUCCCUCUUUAAAUCUAAGUAUUUCUUUUAAUUAAAAAUUGAAGCAUUAAAUAAUAAAAACUUUAACAGGGAUAAAAUACAAGUACUAAAAUAAAAGACAAAGAAAACGUUUUAGAAGCUAAAUAUUUCAACAGAAACACUUAUAAUUAUCUGUAGCAUCAGUAAACCAAUGAUAUUGAUCUCAGAAAGUUUUCCCAAAGUUAACUGUUGAACAAGAAAGUUGGACUGAAAGUUAAGUGUUAAACGAGAAGGUUUGACAGAAAGUUAACUGUUGAAUGAGGAGGUUUGAUUUAAACUUAACUACUGAACAAGAAGGUUUGACUGAAAGUAAACUGUUGAAUGAGAAGGUUUGCACUGAACUGAGGCUUUUCAUUAUUUACUUGAUUUCUUCACAGUGGACAACUGAAAAUGAAGCAGACUAAAUUGAGGGAUGUGCGCUCAACCUGUCACAGACUUGAGGCUGCAAAAUCCGAUAGGUUACAGAGGUUUGGGGAGUGGAUGCCUGGAAUCAUUAAAUCCAUUGAAUCCAAAAAGUCACAAUUCCACAAAAUGCCAAAAGGACCUUUGGGUAAAUAAUUAUUUUGCUUUCUUUUUUUUAAAGAGAUAUUUUUUUCAACCACUGGCAUUAGAGAUAUUUUGGAUUUUUAAAUAUUUUUUAAAAGUUAUUAUUCAUCCAUUUUUUAAAGAAAAAAAAAAGGAAAUCUAGGUAGAGGUACAUAAGUUAGACAGGUACAUAAGCUAGAAUGGGUUAAUAAGCUAAAUAGCUGUACAUAAGUUAGAGAGAGGUAAAUAAGCUAGAUAGAGGUUAAUAAGCUAAAUAACUGUACAUAGGUUAGAGAGAGGUACAUUAGUUAGGGGUACAUAAGUUAGAGAGAGGUACAUAAGUUAAGGGUACAUAAGUUAGUGGUACAUAAGUUAGAGAGAGGUACAUAAGUUAGGGUUACAUCAGUUAGAGAGAGGUACAUAAGUUAGGGGUACAUAAGUUAGAGAGAGGUACAUAAGUUAGGGGUACAUAAGUUAGAGAGAGGUACAUAAGUUAGAGAGAGGUUCAUAAGUUAGAUGUACAUAAGUUAGAGGUACAUAGCGGCAUAUAUUUAGAGAGAGGUUCAUAAUUUAGAUAGAGUUACAUUAGUUAGAUAGAGAUAACAUUAUUUGCAAAAAUAUGUAGAAUUUUUUUAAAAUAAUCGCGAUACUAAUAAGGGGGGCCAUCUAGCUGGCGUCAGUGCAAAUGUACAAUUUUCUUUAUGCACACAGGUCAUGCUGGGCAUAUUUAGCUAAAUAUAAUUGAAGAAGUUCCUGGACUCCUACGAUAAAUAAUGUAAUGAAUUUUAUGUUGUAAGAAGAAACUUUUUUUGGUAUGGGUUUGUGUACAAUUACCCUUUGACUUUGAUCUUAACUUCUUGUAUGUGUGAUUAGAAUAUUUAUAGAAUAAUGAAGUUUUUAAACAUAAAUUUGUGGGAUUAAAUUCAGGAUAAAUUGAGAAACCUAGAAACAUUUGCUAAUAUUCCAGGUGCCUGCUUUGAUCUGGUUGAUCACAAGUGGGCCUUAGCAGUUGAAUCAUGUCUUAAAAGUCUGGUCAGUUCUUUUGUGUGUCACGACCAUCAUGAUGAAAUGAUCUUGGAGGAUAUUUUCAAGAGAGAUCAGAGGUCGAGGAACUCUCGUCCUACAAUCAUAACUUCUCAAUUUGUAGUAAGUAUUUACAAGGCAUAUUGAGUUUUGCGAACAAACACCUUUGAAAACAGAUUUUGUGUAAUGCGAUCUGUUGUUGCUGACAAUAAUAAUGAUAAUGUAAGAUGUAAGCAUUAAAUUAUCACAUGUUUUAACAUGUAUCAACUUAAUUGAAAAGUAUGACUUACAGGGGCUUAGCUAGGGAUUUGGGGGCCCGGGGGGCUUGGCCUCUUUAGGGGCCCCUCCAUUUUGACAUUCAACAUUAUUUAAUGUAAAAAAAAAUUUCGGACACUCCUUUUGUGGGCCCCCUUCAAGUAGGGGCCCGGGGGGACUUUCGAAUUUGGACCCCCCCUCCCCCUCCCCUAGCUACGCCACUGAUGACUUAAAAGACACAAAGGUGAUUUUAAAAAAAAACAAACUAUUUAUCCACCAAGCCCAUAUAGUAAAUAACCUUUAUAAGCACACGCUGCUUUAACCCAUCUCACGGUUAGAGGUUAUAAUGCAUAAAAGUGUCAGCUCAUGGAAACUGGGGACAAAAUUAAAAAUCUUGAUUCCUGGUCAUAUUGAUCUAUUUGCAAUGUGUGGUUUUUAAAAUGAAAAUUUGUUGGAAAACAAAAUUCAUUACGGAUGCCCUUGAUGAAAUUGUCAUUAUCCAUAAAUGUGUGGCGGAUGCCCUUGAUGAAAUUGUCAUUAUCCAUAAAUGUGUGGCGGAUGCCCUUGAUGAAAUUGUCAUUAUCCUUAAAUGCAUGGCGGAUGCUCUUGAUGAAAUUGUUGUUAUCCAGUAUCAAAAUUUUUUUAAUGUGACAAUCAACAAUGACUGCCUGAGCUGUAGUUUAAUCAGUAUUAGUUGUAGCUAUGUUAAAUAAUUGCCAAACAGCACAAUCAAAAGUGAAAGAAUAAGAAACUUCUUUUAAGCUUGAACAAAUAUGUUAGUUUCCAUGGUUUCAUGUUAAACAAUCUCCACUGUUCAAUUUAUCCUCUCAAUAUUUCAGAAUGAGGUUUAUGAUGUUUCUAGAUAUGUAAGUACACAUUCAUUUUAUGAAUUUAAGUGCACAGUGUUGAGCAUGGGAGUUCACUAUAUAAAUGUUGCGCACUGGAUAUUGUGUUAUCUCUCUUACAGCGCGCUGCACUAUACACGUGUUAAGGAAAUAUACAGUCUGUUGGAUAUAUUUAUGGAUUACAGUUACAUUAAUUAUAGAAAAGGACUUGUGUGUUUAAUUCGGUUUACAAUGACAUAUGAAAGUGGGAAGAAUCUGAUGAAUUAAACCUAUCAUAUAUAUAUAUUGGGAGUUUGACACACAGUCAUGUUUAUAAAAGUAAUUACAUAGUUAUGUUUAUAAACUUUUUGAAUUAUUUGAGGGACAAUAUCAUUCAUAGUAAUAAAAAAAAUGGACUAAUCAGAGAAUCAAAACUUGGUGUCAUCACAGUGUCUAGCAUGGUAUAUAUAUAAGUCUUAGUUUCUCCAAAGCAGAGAUAUAUUUCUGUUUUCUCUGUCUGCCGCUUAAUUUUCAAUGGUUUUUUUAGGCUCAUGUCCAAAAUCUCCUGUUUUCUUCAAAAGGUUUGCCUAUAAGUCUCCCUAGGUUUAUCUGGUUUUCUCUUCAAGAAUCUUGUCUCUGGCUUCUAGAAUUACAUGUUGGACACUCAAUAUUUUAGUUUGUCCUUGUUAAUCCUCAGACACACAUCAGAUGUAUCCAUCAGAGCUCUAAUCCCUUACACUAAUACACCAGGGAGAGUGAAGAAUCAAAACAAAAUAAUUCAAAUUUUCGGCACCAUAUCAACAUAAGGAAUUAAUAAAAUACUCUUAUUAGUGGUCCUCAAUUCACCUCGAUUUUUAUUCUCAUAUUUUGUUGAUUCAAAUAAUAAAAUUCAUGAAUAACACUUAAAUUCUUUUAUCUUGAUGGUAGGCACCCUAGAAUUAUGUGGGACACACGUUUUGGUUUUUAAAAACUUUACUUCCAUUUCUAACAGGGACUUUGAAAGCUACAUUUUGAUUAGAAUCUUACACAUAAGUUUUAAAUUUCUAUUUAUUUGUUGUUACUUGUUUUGUCUUGUCUGCUGAAGAAGGCAUUUCGCCGAAACGUCCUUGUAAUUGUCCUGUUUUUUUUUUCAAGCCUACACUUAUCUUGUUCCAAUAUUUAUAUACGUUGCAUGUCUUGAAGGCAGUCCCUCAUAUACUACUAUCUUGUUAACUAGGCACUCCUGUUGUAGAUGAUGGUCAUUUUUUUGGCCGCAAAGAUCUGUAUCUGCCAGCAGCACUUUGUCCUUAGAGAAAUCUAUUUUUUCCUUCAUCCUUUUCAUAAGAAAAUUCACAGAGAGUGAACAGAAUGAAGGGUACGAUGCAGCCCUGUCAUGCAGCGGUCUGUCUGUGUGUUAUCUUACCUUAUCAUUAAUAUUUUAUGGGUGUUUUUUUUCUAAUAAGUUUGAGAGCAGUUUAAUAAAAUUAGUGUUAACAUAAGAUAAUAACACAAAUGCAUUUUUUUUGUUUUUCUAAACAAGAGAGUGAGAAGUGCCACUUAUCCUUGCCUGCUGGAUGUCAUCAGAUGUGAUGAUCCAGUCAUUGUAAACACCCUCAUUGAUCAGGUAAUCAACAUGUCAAAAUUAGAAGUGGCUCCAACCUUUUCACAUGAUAAAAUUUGCAAUGGUCCCAACCUUUACACAGAAUGAAGCAAAGACUCUCUAUAUUUGGCAGGACUUCAUUAUUUUUAAUUUUCAUAUUAAAAAAAAAAGAGUAAUUGGGAAAAAGAAAAUCAGAUCACUAUUGAAUAAACUAACAAAUUCGAGUUAAAUGUUAUGAUCUUGAUCUACUCGAGGAAAGUGUUAUAUUGAAGUUAAGUAUUAUAUUGAAUUUAAGUGUUAUAUUGAAGUUAAGUGUUAUAUGGUCUAAGUCUAGUAAAGUAUUCUUUAGAACUAUGACAUUUAUCACAAACCUUAUGUUUUAUUGAAAGGUAUAUCUGUGAUUGCUUGACAGUUUUUCUAAACUUCACAGAGAGGAGUUGAAAAUGUUGUACUGAUUGAGAAUUCCGAUGAGGCUCGUGCAGUUAUGUUGAGAGACCCUCCAGAGAAAGCAAAAGAGGUUCUUAAAUUUUUUUUAAUUGCAACAUUUUUUGUUUUUUAUAAAUUUGAUGCAAAACUUAAAUUAAGUUUAUUUUUGGGGUUGAGGGGGAAGUCUAUUUUUGUAAUGCAACUGCAAUAAUCUAUUUUACAGUUCACUUUCUGUGCAUUGUGUGCACAUUAUUAUUAGCCUGCAUGUCAUAUGAGCACUUGUUAAAAAUUUAAUAUUUUACAACAAAAAAAAAAAAAAGAAAGAAAUGGCUACCGGAAAUUUUUUUGAAAGAAAUUUGUUUGACGGAAGUUUGUUCGAAGGGAAAUUUGGUCAAAUGGAAAUUUGGUCAAAUGGAAAUUUGAUUGAUUUUUUGUUUGUUGAGAAGUCCUAGAUGUGCGAGUUAGAAAAGGGGAGACUUGUACGAUUCGAUAGAGCGGAAUUUUUUUCUAAUUUUGUAAUUUAUUUUAUAUUGUUAGAUAUAGUUUCAUUUGAAGACGGUUGACCUUUCGUUGCCUGCAUUAAAUACUUUAAUUAAUCAUUAGACAAAAUAUAAUGAGUAGAGUCACAUGUAGUUAUGGUAUCCCUUUUAAUCCUGUUCAAUAUUGUAUGCACUUCAAUUUUGGAGCUAUCAGAUGCAUGAUUAUGUUCUUAACUACAGCACUAUUACUACUAUUAGUAGUUGCUAUCCGACAUGAACAUGAAUUAUUUUUUGUUGUUUAAGUUUUCACAUUUCCAAUAAAUUGUAUUGUCACACUGCUCUCUGUCACAAAUGACUGGAGUGGGGUGUAACAAAGGCGCUCCCUUUGCUUUUUCAUGUAAUUUAUAAUGUGUUUGUUCGGAAUUUCCCGAUAUGUGGCACCAAUUUUACUUAAUAAAAAACGAGGGGGGUGGAUUUUCGGGAGGAGAAAAAAGUUUUUUUUUUGAGGUUAAGGAGCGUUGAAGAUUACUGAAUGUUUUGGAAGUUGGGAAGCGUUGAAGACUAAUGGAUGUUAACGGUUUGAAAGGGAAUAUUGUUAGACUGUAUUGUAUCUAUUAAUACAUUCUUUGUUUAUAGUUGUUAAUGAGGAAUUUAUUGGUCAUUAUUUGAAGUCUGUGUUGUCUUCGUUAUAUUUCCUCAACGACUGGACACUGAACUUUCACAGAGUGGAGCAACUCCUGCAUCAACCAACACCAAUACUACUUGGUACGCAAUGGGCAAUACCUCUUACGACCAUCAUCUAAUUUGUGACACUCUCUUUCUUCACAUACACGGAGCCAUCAACUGCUAGAUUUUUUUAAAAGUUUCAGUCAAUUUGUUGAGCUUUUAACAUAGGUCAUUUUAGACAAGGAUGCCAUUUAUCAUAUAAGGCCCACCCAUUAGGUUGAUGCCGCUAAAUGCCUUUGAAAAAUAGCUUAUAUUGUUAGAAAUCAGUGUUGUCCUGCAUCAUAAAUUCAAAUGCGAUUAUCCUAUAUUUUAUAAAUAAAAAUGUUGAAAUGAUAAAAUUAUUGAGAGUGUGCAUUUUUUAUACUUUUCUUCUUCUUCUUCUAUAUCUUAAGGGCCCACGAUCAAUUUAUUGGUUGUAUUUCUGUUAUUUAAUUACCCAAUUAUUAAAAAACUAGGCUAGUGUACAAUGUUUUUAAUGCUUAAAUUCAAACAAAUUUCCAUUUGAAUAAACUUCAUUCAGAACAAAUAUCCCUAUUUCUAACUUGCAUCUCUAUUCUUAAGAAUUACAAAAAUUAAUAAUAUAAUAAUUCAACCAAACUUAGUUCAACCAAAUUUCCAUUGGACCAACUUCGGUUUGACCAAACAUCCGUUCAACCAAAUUUCGGAUCGACCAAAUUUCAGUUCGACCAACUUUCAAAUCCGCCAAACUUCUGUUUGACCAAAUUUCCAUUCGACCAAACUUCCGUUGUUCAAUUUUCUGUUGACCAACUUACUUUCAAACAAAUUUUGGUAUGCGAACAAAAACAUAUAAAAUAAUUUUUAAUCUUAAUUAAUGUUAUUUAUAAACAAUAGUAAAAUUUAACUAUGAAAAUAAUGUGUUGUAUUUGUGUCUUGUUCAUCUCAGUGCUUCACAGUGUCAGGGGAUCAGCUGUACUCUUUACCAACCUUUCGCUACUAUUCCUCUGAUAAAACUAUAGUCAGAUACUUGAUGGCAGAUGUCAAUGAUCAGAUCAGAGAUUUGCUGAAAGAAGAGAAACAGCUGGAGGAGGAGAUAAGGAUCAUGAACAGAAAGGUGCCCAUGCAUAAAAUUUAUUGUGUAUAUUCCAUGUACAGAAAUUCAUACAUAAUACAUAUCUAUAUACAAUAAACGUGUGUAUAUACCAGAAUUCAAGGAAAAGAUAUGUGUAUACACCUGUUUUCAAAUGAUGAUUAUGAACAGAACAAAAAAAAAAUUAGAUAUAGGCUGAAAAUGAAUUUAAAGUAAAAUGAAAAUAAACAACUGUCCAAGGAAUAAAUGUUAUCUAUAAUCUUUAUCAUCAUCAAUCAUCAUAACAUGUAACUCAAUAUAUAACGUUGGUUGUUUGAGCACAUCUUGAAUUCAUCAAAUGCUUACUUUUAAGUAAAAUUGAUAUCACUUUUGUGCCAUUCUUUAAAUAUUCAUUUUAAAAAAAAAAGCUUUCUAAAUAUAAAACCGGAAGUAAUUUUCUUUUUGCUCUUGACAUGGAUUUCUUAUAAAACAUUUCAUUCUUUAAUAAACACUGAAACAAUAAGAUUAAAUUAUUUCAGUCAAAACAUAAACAAUGAGAUUCAAUUAUUUCAACCAACAUAGAAACAAUGAGAUUCAGUUAUCUCAACCAACUCAGAAACAAUGAUUCAAUUAUUUCAACCAACAUAGAAGCAAUGAGAUUCAGUUAUCUCAACCAACUCAGAAACAAUAAGAUUCAAUUAUUUCAACCAACAUAGAAGCAAUGAGAUUCAGUUAUCUCAACCAACUCAGAAACAAUAAGAUUCAAUUAUUUCAACCAACUCAGAAAAAAUAAGAUUCAGUUAUCUCAACCAACAUAGAAACAAUGAGAUUCUAGCUUUUUUUAACCUGAACAUUCAUAAAGUAUUAAAUACAGAGGAACCCGUCUACAAUGCACCAGAGUAUGACACAAAAUUUGAUAUAACAUGAUCCUGGCAUGGCUUUUUAAAAAUUAUUUGCACAAGAAAAUAGUUUUUUUUAAAGCUUCGUUGAAAAAAAAAAAAAGAAAAAAUAUACAUAACUUCAUUUAGGGAAUGAGAUUGUGAAACAUUCAUAAAGUAUUAAAUACAGAGGAACCCGUCUACAAUGCACCAGAGUAUGACACAAAAUUUGAUAUAACAUGAUCCUGGCAUGGCUUUUUAAAAAUUAUUUGAACAAGAAAAUAGUUUUUUUUAAAGCUUCGUUGAAAAAAAAAAAAAGAAAAAAUAUACAUAACUUCAUUUAGGGAAUGAGAUUGUGUAUUAAUUUGAAUAUAAUAUGAUUUUAAGGUGGUGCAUCAUUUUUUAAAUUAAUAUACAACAAAGAAUGAAAGCAGCCAACAUGUUGGCGGGGUUGUUAGCUGUAAUCAGUUGAAAGUAAGUAAUGUCCUCUUAAAUAGCUGUAAAUAAUGCAAGGCUUCUGUGAGACAGUGUGGUAUGUGUAAGUUGGUAUGUGUACAUUUCAUCCAUUUUCAACAACUGGAGUAGGUCACAUCAAAUUUUAUAAAACUCCAAAUGAACACGACUUUGCUAAAACAUGAUUCCAUAUUAUGGACCCCAGUUAUCACAUUGUAACUGGGCCCCACUCUUUGUUUCAAUAUUAUUUAAACAAUAAAACCCAUAGUGUCAUUUUGUACUAUAAGUGUUUCUCUUUUGCCAGCAUGAUGAAUGCCAGAAAGAGAUCGCUAGAAACCAACAGGAAGAGAAGAAGUGCUUGACUCAACUCAACAAAAUGACUGAGAAUACAAGUAGAUUGACAUUUGAGAUUACUGAGCUUCAGACGGUUGAGGACCCCUCCCCUGUUGAUGUCACAACUUUGGUACCAUCUCUUUUUGCUCUUCGUUUAUUACUUUGUUUUUAAAGAUGGAAAUUUUAAUAGGAAUUUCUUUAAAAAUAGUAUCUUAUUAUUUAACAUUGAAUGAACAGAGAUACUAUAAACAUAGCUGUGAUAUAUACAUAAAGAGGUAUUUCAUAUAGGAUUUAAUAAACAUGGAACUAGCUUGCUGGUUAGGCCUGGCUUUCCCUUGCUUAUUGUGGUUUCAUAAAUCAUUAUAUUAUCUUUUUAUACUUGUUCUUAGAUUCUAAUGAAAUAUACUUAAAUGUGGUUGCCACUCCUAGGAUCUAAUAUUUACAAUUUAAGUGUUAUGUUUACAAGAAAUGCCAAUCUGAUAAUAAAACCAUAUUCAGGCGCCUCAUGCUCCUAUCCUAACAUAGUUCUAAUCCUUGUUAAUGUUAUGAAAAAAUUGCUGAAAUUCUUAUGUCAGGAGGAGGAAGUGGAAGCUUAUAACCAAAAGAUUGAGGAUAUGAAAACAAAACGUGAGGCACUAUUGCUAGAUAAGAAGAAGGCAGAUGAAAACCUUAAAGUUGCUAAUGAAAACUACACCAGGCUGGAAGCAAGUUUAAGAGAAAAAUCUGGUAACCUUAUUUAUUUAUUUUUAACCUCAGCUAAAAAUAACAGUCCUUCAAUACUAGGUAGUUUUAAUCCGAUAAAAAAAAAAAUGCUUUCACCCAAAAAGCAAUAUGACAUUAUACACAUUCUCCUUUGUAAUAUACAUUAUUGAUGAACUUAAAGAGGGUAAACAACUAUGAUAUACAAAUUUUCAAUUGUGUGAUUUGCAAAGAGCUAGUGUUGAAACCCAAAAUGUCUGCUAAAAAUUUUGGAGAGGUUCAAAAAUUCAAUUGUGAACUAACAUGUUUUUAUCAAAGACCUAAUUUCUAAUUUUUGUAAAUGUCCACAAAUCUAGUCUGUUUUUGUCCCCAGACAAUGCCAUACCAUUAAAAGAAGAGAUUAGCCAGGCACAAGCUGAACUGGGUCAAGCACGUGAUACUGUAAAACAUUACGCUUCAAAGCUAAAAGAACAAGAACAAAAAAUACAGGAGCUUAAGCAAAAGGUAAAAAUGACCAGAGACAAGGUGUCAGAUAGAUAUAGCCUCUGUGAAAUGGAUAUAGCCUCGGUUAGAUAGAUAUAAUCUCUGUACGUACAAUGGAAACUAUGUUGUUAACAAAUAGAAAAGUUAAUCUAGCUAAAUUAGUGGAGUUGAUGUCUCAUUUGUAACAUGACUAAAAGUCCUAGGAAAAAUGUUGGCAUGAGAUCUGUGUUUAGCGACGUCAGACACCUUGGUGUAUUUGGAGGAUAUAUAUUUGGAUCAUGGAAUCAAAAACUGUCUCAUUAAACACUUUGAACUGUCACAUUAAACACUUUUAACUAUCACAUAAAGCUCUUUGAAGAAUUAGCACAUAAAAAUUAUAAAGUUUCCCAAAUAUCUAAUAUUUAAAAUGAUUUUUCUCUUGUUUGAACUUUUUAACAAAAGUUUGACUCCGAAUCUUGCAGAAAUGAGAUCAGCUAAGAUUUUAAUAGCUGUUAAUAAUAUUAUUUAUAGCAGGUUUUCAUGACUUUUCAUAAUCACACUUUUAGUUCAUUCCUACUCUAGUUGGAGUCAUACAAGAAAGAGGUGGAUGAAGAUAGAAUGAAAGCAAGUGAAUAUUGUGAGCCAGUCAAUACAAAAAGGACCCCCAACAGCAUUGAGAGAGAAAUUACAGAAACCAAAAGACGUAUAGAUGAAGAAGAAGUGCAGCAAGGCAACGAGGAGCUGAUUACGACCACAUAUAAACAGAAGAGAGAGGCUCUGGAGCGCGUCAUCAAAGAAGUUAACCAGCUAAAUAAAUAUAUUAAAAAACUAGAGGAGGUAAAACUAUUGUAGAUGAAAUUGAUAAAUUGAUGUGAGCCUUUAAAUUUGUCAUAGCUUUGCUGGAACUGCCUGCUCCUCCUAAAUUUAUCGAUUUCAGUCGAAUAAUUUUGAUGAAAUAGAUUAAUUUUUAUAUUUCAUCUUAAAUAAACAAAAUUUAAAUUUUAUACCAUGUUUUUUAAGAUGUUUGUGCAUUUUUUGUGACCCAAAAAUAAUAUUUAUAAAACAAAAUAUUUAAAAAUUCAAACUCUUGUAGCUUAUAAAGUUUUCAAAUUCUCAGUUGGAAAAAAUCCAUUUUUGAAAUAUCAGUGAAUUAACUUCAUUAGUACUAUUCUAAAUCCUAGAUAAUUAUGUUUGGUUUUAAAUUUAGUGGACCCACUCAUCUUACCAGAUAAUUUGUGGCUAGCAUUUUCAAAUCUUAACUCAGUUGGAAAAAAUCCAUUUUUGAAAUAUCAUCAGUGAUUUAACUUCAUUAGUAAUUUUUGUGCAGAUAAUUUGUGGCUAGCAUUUUCAGAACGAAAACAUAUUUACUCAAAACCAAAUUAGUAUGGUAUAUCAAUUCAUGUUUCAUUUGACAAUGAUGUUAUGACUUAAACAUUUUGUCGUUAAUUUUAUAUGCUUUUUUGUUAAAAAAGCAGCGCCCCCAUCAUGCUGUACCCGGUAGCAAAGUGGGAAAAAUUUACUGCACAUACACUGAACAGCAAUAAAGCAGCAUGGAUUUAAGUAGUAAACUUUCUCCAAGUUGAUCACCAAAUAUAUAACAACUUUGGCUGGAUGUCUUUAACCAGAUUCUUUUUACAAAUAUUUAUCUUUUCCCAUUGCAAGCUUUACAAAAUAUUUACACAUCAAGUUUCUGUACUGUACAGGUUUUGGCAAAGAGGGAUAUAGCCUACCAGAAAAUGAGAAAGUUGAUUGCCAACAGAGCAAAGUAAGUUCUUAGUUUUGUUAAUAUUUUCAACUCGUGUAACGCAUCUAGUGAAGAUGCUUAUAUUUAUUUGGUUUAUCUGAUAGUGAAAUAUUAAUGGAAAAAUUUAGAGUGUUUAAAUAUUAAUUUUAAACAUACCAAACCAAUUCUGAGACUUCUCAACCUUCAUGUCUGCCUUUUAAGCAGACUGUUUGUGGCAAAAUUAUCAUGUUUUGUACAAGACUAUUUAGUCUUUUGGGAUAAUCUGUAUUACCAACUGAUAUCAUAGUUAUAAAUAUGUGAUACGGAGUUUGAUGAACAUUUUACUAGCUACAAACCAAUUGCUUCUGUUACUCCCAUGAUCUGUACAAACAUGAAGGAUUUGAAAAGAAGCAUCUGUUGCUUGACUCUCUAAGAGUACCCUGUCCUUGGAAUAAAAUUUUUGUCUUAUUAUUGCACAAAGCAAGAGUUCCUUAAGGAGUUUAUGCAUACCUACCAAAUAAAUUCCUUGAACUUGAAGUAUUCAUAUCAAUAUCUUUAUCAUUGCUAUUUUUAAGUGUUUUUUAAAAAUGUACCAGUACCCGUAUGACUGUAUUAAUAUAUUAUUUAAUGUUGUCAUGGUUCCCCUCCUCAGAUACUUCUUUCUGAUACAAAUGUCGCAACGUUCUUUCACUGGGACAAUGAACUUUGACUUCAACAAGGAGACUCUGGAGAUCUGUGUCAACACAACUCAAGAAACGAAGGCCGCAAAAGCCAAUAGUGGGCUUGAGAAAAAAGAUUUGAAGUCCCUGUCUGGAGGGGAGCGCUCAUUUUCUACAGUUUGUUUCAUAUUGUCACUCUGGGAAACAAUGGAUGCACCUUUUCGAUGUCUUGAUGAGUUUGAUGUUUUUAUGGUAAGUGUAUAGAUCAGACUUGAGUUGAAUUUUUUUAUUGUAAAUAUUUUUCUAGGUAUGUGCAUAAUUAAAGUAUUGAAAUAUUUAUAAAAGGUAAAUAAAAUUGUCAUACAUAACCACCCAGAGUCAAAGUUAUUAUUUCGCUACUGGUAUUAAUUUUAAUCAGCAGAUGAUUAAUAAUCUGCCUUUUUGACUAUUUAUCUGCUAAUCAGCCUAUAGAAAAUUCUUUCUAGAUAUUUAUGUAAAUCUAGGUGGUUUGAAUAGGAUCUUUGAUAUUUUUGUCAUUUUCAUCUUUGUUAAUAUUGAUUAGGAUACCGGUAUUUAAAAGUACAUUCAUUAAAUGCUCCAGUAUAAUAGUCACUAGGAAUUCUUUAAAAAUAAAACCCGACACAGUAUUUUUAAAACAAAUCUUAAAUUAUGAUCGGUUAAAUCACUUUAUGCCACCUGUGGUUUGUUAUCUGAACCUAAAGAACAUGGACAUAAUUUUGGAAUGAAAGCCAAAGCCAAUUAAAUUUCUUGUUAUUCUGUAACUCAUGGUACACUUUUGUUCCUAGUACGUGGUAAAGGAAGAAUUUCCAUGUUAUUCUGUAACUUUAGUUGCCAAGGACAUAGUAAACAGAAGAAUUUUGAUGUUAUUUUGUAACUUUUGGUUCCCAGGACAUGGUAAACAGAAGAAUUUCCAUGGACAUGAUGAUGAGUGCGGCAGACAUGCACAAAAACAAACAGUUUAUUUUCCUGACUCCACAAGAUAUGAGGUCAUUAUUUUGUUUAAAAUAUAUUUUUUUAUAGUUUGAUAAUCUUUGGUAGCUUUUAACCAAUAAGUAUAAGCAUGAAAAAGUUGCAAUACACCGCUAAACGAUCUUAAUUUUAUAAAAAUAUCAAUAUUACUACAAAAUUCAGAUUCUCUUCUUUCCAUAAAGCUUGAAUUUGUGACAGAAUGUUUCGAGAGUACAAAAAUCCAGAAUCUAAAAAAGCUUUCAACUAUACCAAAGUUCAGCUCUACAUCUUUAUAAUCAUAAAUCUUUUAGUGUUCAGCAUUUUCAGAAAUAAAAAAAAUAUUUAGAUAUGUUUUAAAUUUCAGAAUAUUUUUAAAAUUUUGUCUAAUAAUCCUUAAGAUUACAAUAUGGAUAUUGGAAUAUUCAGCAGAAGGAGAUAAUCUAAAAUGAAUCUGUAUGUUAAUCACUUUCAGGUUAAAUAACAUUUUUUACAUUCUUUUCUACCUGAAAUAACAUUUUUUUACAUUCUUUUCUAACAGCUCUGUGAGAAAAAUCAGCAAUGUCAAAAUUUUCAGAAUGCAAGAUCCAGAAAGAAAUAAAAAUGAGAAGAUCCAAUCUGGCACACCCAGCUCACCAUAAUCCAACUUAAAAGUAACUUUGCUUCAGCAACUAAUUUACAGCUGAUCCCUUAGAAAUCCUUAAGAUUAAGAGAGAAAUAAUUAGGAAGUUCCAAAAAACAGUAUUAUCAGUGUUGUGUUCAGUUUUAAUUCCUUCAAAUUAAAGCCAGAACUUUUGUAAGAGUCGUAGGUAAAAAAUGUCUUAUUUUAUCUAAUGUUAUUAUUCUUACAAUGUGGAAGAAGAUAUAUAAGGAGGUUAAAUAAUGAUUAAGUUUAAAUGUUAUAAGCUGAACAAGGGGCAGCUAAUGAAUUGAUAAUUCUGCCCACUAUUGUAUCAAUUAAUUAAUUGUUGCCAGUAAAGCCUGAGGAAUUGGGCAUAUCUUAAUACUGUUACUGAAAAUUCAUAGUGUUUUAUCUUUUUAAAAAAUAUGCAAGUUUUCUGACAUAUUACAUGUUAAAUUAAAAAUGUUCAAUUACAAAAAUUAAAAUGUAUUUCCUACCAGUUUGCUUGUUUUCUUAUAAAAUUUUAUUUAAACCUUUAUAUAAGAAGCAUUCAUUAAUUUUUAGAACUGUGCAUGAGCAUUGGUUUAUUUGUACCAGUGGUGUAAAUCAGAGCUUCCCACGCUUUUAAGUUAAGUUUACCAGUGGAUGUGUUUCCCCACUGCAUCAGGGACCCUGUGCUACGCCUAUAAAGUAAUAAGAAAUUUUCUUUUUAUUUGACCUGAAAUGUGUCAACUCAAUUUUUUAUCCGUGAUCAGGGACUCCAAUGAGGCGUAUAUGGCCAUUUAAUACUAGCUA